AAAAAAAGGAAAACCCAAAUAAAAAAUGAAUAAAGAAAGGGUAAAGAGAGUUGAAAAGGGAGCCAAAUUUAGGUGGUGAUGAUGAUGAGUAAAUAUAAUUUAGAAGAGGGAGUGUGGGUAGUACAAGAAGAGGCAGCAGAGACAGUGAUGAAAUCACAGAGAUCUUUUAUCUCUUUUCUGACCAAACACUGCCACCCUCACCACUGCCAUCAUCAACCUCUCCUAUACUAAUACCUCCAACCCAAUUCCUUCCUCUUCCUAUAUUUACUCUCUCUCUCUCUCUCUCUCUCUCUCUCCCUCUCCAAGAUAUGAACAAAAUAUGAUUAAGUUUCUGGAAGGAGACUCUUCUUGAACUUGAACAGCUGUUAUUGUUUUUGGGUUUUAAUUUUUUUUUUUGUGGGAGAGAGGGGAGGGUGGGGGGGUGGGGAGGGGGGAGGGGGUGUGUCAAGUCAGGUGGGUGUCAUCAAUAUCACUAGUUUGGUUUGGUUGGUGCAUAAAAAAGAGGCACAAUUACCAAAAGGUGAGAGAGAUUGGAGAAGGAAAAGAAAUGGGUUAGGCUGCAAUUAGGAUACUGGUCUGGUUUUUUGCCUUCUGGGUUAAAUUUUCUCAGUUUUUUAGGGUUUAUUUUUUUUUUUUGGUUGGGUGGUGUUAUUGUUAGGGUUUGUUUGAUAUGGAAUUGGAAACAUUGAAUGGAAGAGGCUUUUGGGAGAGGCAGCAGGAGGAGAAGUAUUAUCAGGUUUCAUCACUGUGGUGGGAGCUGGACAACAACAACAACCAACAAGAGGAGAACACCAUUAGCAAGCUGCAAAAGGAAGAUAGCGAACAACAACCCACAACCCAAUACUAAGUCUCCUCCAUUAAAAGCUGGAACAGGAAUAUAUCAAGGUCCUGACUCUGGAUCCUCAAAGGAAUCACUACCCUCAUCAUCAUCAUCUUCAACAACAUCAUCAACAGCAAAGACAGCAAGAAGAAGAGGAAGAAGAAGAGGAGGAAGAAGAAGAGGAGGAGGAGGAGGAAGAAGAAAAAGAAUCCCAGAGAAAACAUCUCCUUGUUCAACACCAACAGCAGCCUCAAAGCUUCUCCUCCUCGCAUCAUUACCAGUACAUUCUGAACACAACCCAGGCUCCUCAAAACCAACUUUUAUAUGGAGGAGAAGAGUUAGAUAUUCCUCCUCAACCUCCCAAGAAACGCUCUUAUCGCCCCUCUAUUUCUCCUUCUUCAACCUCUUUCGCCCAACAAGCAACCCAAUAUGCGAGAAAAAUGGAAAACAGCCACCAUCAAGCAGCAACAUCGUCGAGACUGGGGUUAAGAAACGCCGGCGGCGAGAUUGUGGAGGUCCAAGGAGGCCACAUUGUACGCUCCACCGGAAGAAAGGACCGCCACAGCAAGGUCUGCACGGCAAAGGGUCCACGCGACCGCCGAGUUCGUCUCUCCGCUCACACCGCCAUUCAGUUUUACGACGUUCAAGAUCGUCUCGGCUAUGACAGACCUAGUAAGGCUGUUGAUUGGCUCAUCAAGAAAGCUAAAGCCGCCAUUGACAAGCUCGCGGAGCUUCCUCCCUGGAACCCAGAAACCUUAAACAUUACCACCAACACCACCACCGCAACCAAGGCGCCCAACACCAGUAAGAACCAUCAAGAGCAACCAAGGAUCGAUGACAGGGAGUAUCAGUUCCAACUCCACCAUGGUGGCACUACUGCUAUGAUGGAUAACGUUGCUGCUUCUGCAGCUUCUGGUGGGAGUUCUGGCGGGAGUAGCGGGAGGAGGACGACGCCAUUGAUGGGUAACGAAGUUCAGAACCUCCAACAUCAACAACAAACGCAAAUGAGCGAGAACCCAGAUACCGGUUCCAGUUUUCUGCCACCAUCUCUGGAUUCUGAUGCCAUUGCGGAUACAAUCAAAUCCUUUUUCCCAAUGGGCGCAUCAACAGAGCCACCAUCUUCGUCCAUACAGUUUCAGAGUUACCCACCAGAUUUGUUGUCGAGAACAAGUAGCCAGAGCCAAGAUCUGCGGCUUUCAUUGCAAUCGUUUCAAGAGCCGAUGCUUCUGCAACACCAAGCUCAAACUCAGGCUCAUCACAGUGAACCAGUCCUAUUCCCAGGAAUUGGAUUCGCCUCUUCCUCCAGCGGAUUCUCUGGGUUUCGCCUUCCAGCACGGAUUCAGGGCGAAGAAGAGGAGCACGACGGCAUCCCCAACAAGCCGUCCUCUGCCUCCUCUGAUUCUCGCCAUUGAUGGAACUAUCAACAUACGAUCGAAAUCUUUUCCCUUUCACCAGGGCUCAUUUCAAAUAAUCUGCUGGGAGGAUAUAGUAUAUAUGUGGAGCUGUUAAACUGGACUUAAAGACCAGUAUAUGAGGGAGAGAUUUUGGUCACUUUGGAUUCGAUGGCCUACACCGGGGCAAGAAUAAAUCUGGUUAUCUUUCAGGUUUUUUCAUCCCCCGGUUUGUUUUAGCUUCUAUCAGUUCGAUUCUGUUGAAGAAUUUGGUUUCCUGUUUUGAGUGAGCUCAUUGUCUUGGAGCUCGACUUUCUUGUUUUGGAUAUCUUUUGGAUUUGCUAUCUGUUAAUGCUGCUAGACCUUGUAUCACAUGGCUACUUUUUGUGCA